GAUUCGUGGGCAGAUUAUAUGCACCCUACUUGGCCACAGGUCUUAGGACGGAGACUGGGUGCACGAGUCAUCAAUUUCGCCCAAGCAGGUUCCAUGUGCGGAGACAUCCGCAACCAAGCGCAGAGAGCGCUUAUCAGCCCUGAGGUUCCCAAAGCCGUCGGCGGCUUGUUCCAAAGCGAGACACUGAUUGUUAUCCAUACGUGUGGGAACGACUUCAUCAUGAAGAUGGCCGAGGCGUUUAUGGGCGGCGGUCUUGGUGGCUUGCUUGGUGGAGGAGGC